AUGGCCGACUCAUCCCUCCUAACAUGGGGAGUUCCCCGUCUCUCCCAAAUCCUGCCUCUAGACGAAGAAUCCCUCAAACAGAUCCUCUCCUACGCCGCCAGCCUCUCCAAGGAUGAAGGCGCGGAGCAUCUCAAAAACCUCCUCGGCGACUCCCCCGCCGCAUUCGAAUUCAUCUCAUCCUUCAGCGCCCGAAAAGAGCCCCCUUCUUCUCAACGAGCCCGCAAUGCAGACUCCGGACCCCCAUCGCGAACCUCCAGUCCAGCAGGAACCGCAACCCCCGGUAAGAAAGGCAAAAAGUCCAAACCACCGCUCCACAGCGCCGGACCUGUCCGACAGGUUGAGAACUUCGGGAAUGUCGCAGGGGGGUAUCGCAAGGCGGACCAGGAAGAAGAUUACAUGGCCGCGUUUUCGGGAGGUCGCGCACAAGGGAAAGAUACCAAGGGUGCGGAGGUGCGGCCGAGCGCACAGUUCCUAGGGCCGUCGUCGCGCGAGGACUCCUCGGCUUCUUCGUCGCGGGCGCCUUCCCCUGCGCCGAAGUCCGGAGCUGCGAGCAGUAGUAAAGCCCCGCCGUCGGCGUCGGGGCCCGUGAUCUCAGAUUAUCUACCGAAUGUGAAAUCGAAGGCUGCGAAGACGUCCUCGGCAUCAUCGUCACGACAAGGUGGAGGGGGCUCGUCGAAGGGGGCUCUCACUACGAGUAAUAUCUCGGAUUUAACGGCUGCGAUCGCGGCGCUGGAGGUAUCUACGAACCCGACGCUUGGCGGGGAGAGCCAGAAAUGCAAUUGCAACGCCUCGUUACAUCCACUCUUCGAUCCGGCCCCAAACUGUCUAAAUUGCGGGAAGAUUAUCUGCUCGUUGGAGGGUCUACAGCCUUGUUCGUUCUGCGGGACGCCGUUGCUAUCAAGUGAGGAGAUCCAAGGCAUGAUUCGGGAGCUGCGAGCAGAGCGAGGACAGGAGAAGAUGCGUGCUCAUAACGAGGGCGUCCACCGCGAAGGAGGACCCGGGCCGGGGAACGCAGGAUCCAACAAACUAGAUGCAGCCAAGGCGCAUCGUGACAGACUGCUUCAAUUCCAAGCGCAGAACGCCAAACGGACCAAGGUUGUCGACGAGGCGGCAGACUUUGAGACACCCAAUGUCGCGUCCACAUUGUGGAUGAGUCCUGCGCAGCGAGCCCUGGCGUUGAAGAAGCAGCAACGCGUGCUUCGUGAGAUGGAGGAACGGGCCCGUCCGGAAUGGGAGAAGAAGCAGACUGUCAUGAGCUUGGAUAUCAAGGGCGGGAAACUCACUCGGGUGUAUCAGUCGGCUGGACCGGCUGAGUCGAGCCCGUCUGCGGAGGAACAGGCCGAGCAGGCGCUCGUGGAGGAAGCUCUCAGUCAUGGUACGGGGAGAACGGGUAGUGGAGAAGCAUUUAGUCACAACCCUCUACUUGCAGCUGGAGGGCUGGUACGGCCAGUCUGGAAGGGGGCAGAUGGGAAGCAGGUGGAGAGCACAGCACGCAAGGAUCGAAAACAAACGUGGCGACGGGUUCAGGACGACAAUGAUGACAACGAACAGUGGAUCCUGGACGGCGGGGCACAUGGAUAUACGGGAUGA